GCUUCUACGUCUGAUCCUUCCCAAUCGUUCAAACGACCUAUACCGGCUUACGCAAUGCUUCAGCCGUCGAAAGAUGAGAGACCGCUGCAUGUCCGAGCCCGAAUGGUCACACUUCCGGCCAAGCCUGGGCUGCGAGUUGGCUCCAUAGAUGACUGGAGCGGAAUUAGCGAUCCAAAAUUGAGGAGGAAGCUACAGAAUCGGUUGAAUCAGAAGAAAUACCGUGCUCGGAUUCGUCAAGCUGAACAGCUCCAGCCAGUCUCGACUACACUUCCGGCUCCAAGACCGACUGUUGUCAAUGCCAAUACCCUAGGUCGGCUAGAGCAAAUUGCAUAUCAGAAAUAUCUGGGGUCGCCGGCCGCUGACCUUCUCUUGACUCUGGUCCAAUUCAACGUGUUCAGAGCACUACUCCGCAAUAUGUUCAGCCUUCAACUUUCUACGUCCUGGCUCGAUGACGUAGCCACCUCGGCCAUCACGACCGGCGCUUUCAACCAUUCUGCCCCACCCAGUCUUCUUCCGACGACACUACAGGAGCAGGUUACCCAUCACCCAUGGAUCGAUCUCUUCCCAUUUCCGAUCCUACGCGAAAAUAUCCUCCGCGUGUACGAUGUCUGGAACGGGGAGGACGAGCUUUGUGCAGCUAUGGUGGGAUGGUGUAACUCUCCAGGAGCAAGGACGGGCCUUAUCAGUUGGGGCGAACCUUGGAAUCCAUACGGCUGGGAGGCUACUGAGGAGUUCUGUAAGAGAUAUGGGUGGGUGAUGAGGGGGUGUAGCGAAUUGAUGCACGCGACGAAUCAUUGGCGGGCUCAGCGAGGGGAGUCUGCGCUAACGUUUACUGAUAUGCACUAGAUGCGGGCUGCUGAUGAGCCGCGUUUGGUGCAGCUGCGGAACCAAAAUUGAGCUACGCUAUAAAGAAAAGCAGCGGAAUACCAUCUCUACGCCCUCACUUUUCCGCCGUCCUCUCUGCCUCCGGUACCAGGCAUCCGCCUUCUCCACUGUUUGCGCUCUUCAUUGCAUCGAAUCUCAAGCCCGCCAUACGGUUAGCCCUGCCCCUAUCACAGCAAUAAAAUGGCUGCUAUACCUACGGAAAAGACCUACCUAGUUACGGGUGCUGCCUCGGGAAUGGGUCUUGCCACGGCCCGGACUCCUGAGUCCUUCUAGACGCCCAUGCAUCGGACAAAUAUUGCACGCGAUCCAGCGUUUCUUGAGCUGAAGACCCAAUACCGAGAGUAGGAGAGGCGCAAGAUGUUGCAAAUAUCACUGCUUUUCUGUUGAGCGAUG